AUGGUCAUCUCUGCGUUUAGACCGUGCUCUGCGUUGGAGAUCUUGUGGUUUGGCGUCGUCGUGCGCUACUUUGUCAUCUCUGCCUUUAGAUUGUGCUCUGAGGCGGAGAUCUUGUGCUUUGGCUCCAUCGUAUGUUGCUGUCACGUCCUGCGCAACUACGUGCUCUACAAGGACGCCCUCUUUGCAAGCUACGUUUACAACGACCUCCGCGGCAAUCUCGUUCUCUGCAAUACGACCAUCGUGUUUGCCAAUAUUGUCUAUGACAUCAUCUGCAACAGCUUGGUGCGCGACCAAUCUCUCUACAACGGCAUGCUCUAUGACACAAUCUACUACAGCUGCAACUUCUACGGCGAUUUCUUGCGCAGCUGCUUUCUGUACGACUAUGUUGUGCGCGGCAACCCGCUCUGCGGCAUCUCUUUGGACGACGGCAUCCUCUGCAGCAACAUGUUCGCCGACCACGCCUUCUACAUCAACAUCGUCGACGACCACAUCCUCUACAUCAACAUUGCUGACGACCACUACUUCUGCGUCCACAUCAUCCACUACUACGUCCUUUACAUCAACACGUUCGCCGAGCACCUCUUCUACAUAAACAUCGUCAACUACCACGUCUGCGACAUCAAUAAUGCUGACGACCGCACCUUCUGCAUCCACAUCAUGGACUACCACGUCCUCUACAUCAGCGUCUUCGCCGACGACAUCUUCUGCAUCAGCAUCGUCGGCUACCACAUCAUACACAUCAUUAUUUUCGGUGGAUGUUGCCCAUAUUUCUACAUCAACAUGCUCGAGGACCAGCUCUUCUACAUCAACAUCACCGACUACCACGACCUCUACAUCAUUAUCUUCGACACACACACACACAUCUUCCUCGUCAACAUCAUCAAUUACUUCAAGAUCGACAUCAACAUCUCCACCGGCCGCAUCCCACUCAGCCACGUGGUGUACGACAGCGUCCCUUAUGACCACAGCCACCACCACAGCAGUCGCAGCAGUUACAACCACAUCUUCUACGCCACCAUCAACAACCACAUCCUUUACACUUUACACGUCUUCUACCGCGAUAUCCACAGCGAGAUCAUCCACGACAACAUGUUCCACCAAUACGCCCUCUACCAUUACACUGUCUACGACGAGAUCUACCGCAACUGCAACCUCUACGACAACCUCCACCAUAAUCAGUUCCAUGUCGACGCCAUCUUCGUCUGUGACAAUAUGUACAAUGCCCUCCUUUAUGGAACAGCCUUCUACCCCAACAUCCUUACUGACCACGACUACAUCCUGCGUCGCGUCAUCGUCUGCGAGUACGCAGACAUCAUCCGGAAUUCCUCCACGGCAACAUCUUGGACGGCCACAUCGUCUGCCACAGUUUCCUGUGCGACUUUGGCGUUUGCUACCUCCUGUGCGGCGACACGCCCUACAAGCACAGCCCUGAUGACGAGGUCGACUAUGGCCAGAUUACCUACAUUUGUUUCCUUGGCUGCAACAGCCCCCACGGUGGCCUACAAGAAGUCUCUCUACGACCUCGCCGACUACCACAACAUCCUCUACGAGAUUGUCGUCCUCAAACACUACGUCAUGCUCUACGACCGCAAGUUCGCAUUCUACGUGGGUGCCAUCGACGGCCUCGCCAAGUCCGUGGAAGCUUCGCGUUACUACGUCAGGUUUGCAAUCAUCGUCAAUGGUCCUGCCAAGUUGGUGGGAGCUUUGCAAUUCUACCACAUGGGCAUCAAUGGGGUCACUGGCGAUGACUUCAUCCAAUCCAUGGGGGUCAUCAAUGUGGUCAAGGAGAAUGCCAAUGCCAUAGCGAUGCUUCUCGCAAAGACUAGUGUAAAUGGCAGCAAGUUCAUACUGGACAAGGUGGCCACGGACGACAAAGUAAGCUACGAGUCCAAGUUCGGCUCACCUGAUGUCGGGUGCGGCAGCUUGUUCAUCGUGAGCAUGUUGAGCCAGCCCUCAUUGCAGACAUCGCACUCCUUCUUGUCCUCACCACACUUGCAGCAUGGGGCUUGGGUCGCCUUCGCGGAGCUGUCCCUCUUUGAAUCCUGCUUCGCAGUCACACCCAACGGCGUAAGUCGCGUAGAACCACCAGCAGCAGGCACGGGCACCGGGCCUUCAAUGGCAUAA